UUAAAUUUGGAAAUUUGUGCAUUCUCAUCUAGUUGCUCCUCUUUAACAUUAAGCCCUUGUUACGCUGGACUUUAGUUUGAAGUUCUCUUGUUUUCCGCUCGCAGAACAUUUGGUGAAGAGCUGACUGACGACGGCAAGCAACACUGACGGAUAAACACGUCAAUCAAUAAACGGAGAAGACUUAACGGAGUACAAAUAUGUCGAAUGAAAAGUCGAAGUUAACGUAUGUGAUAACUGGAGGGUGCGGUUUUCUCGGACAGCACCUGCUGCAAGUUUUGUUGGAGAAAGAAGAAAAUAUUAAGGAGAUCAGACUUUUUGAUAAACAUAUUAACCCAAAUCUUCUUAGUCACAGUACAGAGCAUGUGAAGGUGGUAUUGAUACAGGGAGAUAUAACAGAUUACAGGAGUGUACAGGAUGCCUUCCAGGGAGCAGAUCUGAUCAUCCACACAGCUAGUUUGGUUGAUGUUUGGUACAAAGUCCCUGAAAAGACCAUCUAUGCAGUCAAUGUACAAGGAACGGAGAAUGUAAUAAAUGUCUGUGUGGAAAUUGGCAUUCAGUAUCUGAUCUAUACAAGCUCCAUGGAGGUGGUUGGUCCAAAUGUAAAAGGAGAUCAUUUUAUCAGAGGGGAUGAAGAUACACCAUAUAAUGUAUUCCAUGAGAUGGCUUACCCUAAGACCAAAGCAGCAGCUGAAAGAAUGGUGCUGGAAGCCAAUGGAACAAAGGUAAAGGGAGGAGCUACUAUCUACACAUGUUCUCUGCGACCAACAGGUAUCUAUGGGGAACAGCAUCAGCUCAUGAAGGACUUCUACAACAUUGGGAUCCGUACAGGUGGUUGGGUUAUCAGAGGAGUUCCACGGGAUACAGAGCAUGGACGGGUCUAUGCAGGUAAUGUGGCGUGGAUGCAUUUGCUGGCAGCACGUGCUCUGCGAGAGCAUCCUGAAAAGCUGGGAGGGCAAUUUUAUUUUUGCUACGAUGACUCCCCAUACCAAAGUUACGAAGACUUCAACAUGCAGUUUCUUUCGGCCUUCAACUUCCGAUCAUUGCACAUGCCAGUGUGGGUGCUAUGGUUCGUAGCAUGGAUGAACGACCUGCUGCGCUGGCUCCUUAAACCAUUUUACAACUACACACCACUGCUCAACGGAUACACACUUGCCGUGGCCCGCACAUCCUUCACUGUGAGCACAGACAAGGCAUGUCGCCACUUUCAAUACAAACCACUCUACAGUUGGGAGCAAUGCCAGGCACGUACACAAUGCUGGGUGAACACGUUCCCUUUAGAAACCAGUAGUAAGAACACUUAGCAGCUGCUUAAUAUAUAAUUACAGUAACACCUGUGGUCAAUUUCUUGUGGCAAGCAAUAGGUUUCUCUCACCCAUAGCUUUUGUAAUGCCAGACUGUUCAGAAAAGACCAUACUGUUUAAAUCUGAUAUAUUACAGCACAGUUAACAUUUAGAACAAGCAUAGUUCAACGGAACACAGUUUCAUAAUAUUACUGCUGUCAUGAUCUAUUACACUAUGUAACACCAUUUUUGUUCCUUGGUAGUAAGUGUUAUUUCCUAAUUGCUUAUGCCUCAAAAGCAUAGAAAAUGGCUAUUAUUAUGCACAAACUGAUAUUUUGAAAUGUACCCAUUUCCAAUGAUAAAACGGGCAAAUUUGUGUCUUUUAGUUCACAAAGUCAGAAAAAAACAACAUGAAUCCAAAUUAACAUUUAUUUAUACUAAAGUAAUAAAAACAUUUACUACAAAAGAUUUAGAAGCAAGUCGUUUUCGAGAUUUAUGAUUAUACUGUAAAUCGCUUUCACAAAUCAGCCCCCAAAUGUAUUCACCCAUCAUGUUCUCAUUAUAUUGUCCUUGGUAGCGGUGAGUCCAGUAUAUCCUGAUGGAAGCGCUCACCUUGCUCCUCCAAGUACGCUCCCAUGUUCUCCUUGAAUUUAUCAAGAUGAGCAUCAAGGAUAUAUGGACUUUGAGGGACAUCCUACAGCCCAUUGUGCCAUAGUUCUUGUCCAGAGUCUCAACCAGCUCCACAUAGUUUUUGGCCUUUUAAUUGCCAAGGAAGCCCCGAACCACUGUGACAAAGCUGUUCCAAGCUGCUUUCUCCUUACUUGUGAGCUUCUUGUGGAAUUCAUUGCACUCCAGGAUCUUCUUUAUCUCUGGUCUGAAAAAGACACUGGCUUUGACAUUUGCCUCAGACAGCUUAGGGAAGAAGUCUUCAAGGUAAUUGAAGGCUGCCGACUCCUUUUCUAGAGCUCUGACAAAUUGUUUCAUAAGGUCCAAUUUGAUGUGCAGUGGUGGCAUCUGCACCUCAGCCCGCCAGUGGCUCCCACUUGACGUUGUUCCUCCCCACAGAGAACUCUGUCUGGUGUGGCCAGUUCCACCUGUGGUAGUGCGCCUUGGUAUCCCUGCUGUCCCAAAGGCAUCCCAAAAAAACAUUUUAAAAUUAAAAACUUUUACAGUUUUAAAAAGUAUUUUUUUUAUAACAUAACAUUCUGAGCAACAAUUGUCCAUCUUACAUUCCAGAGUUUUUUUGCAGUGCUCGCAGGUGAAAUGAGGUGCCCAGGGUUUGUCUUGAUCCCCUUUAGGCAUGCCGAAAUAUGUCUUGUAGGCCUUCCACAUAUUAGCAGAUGCUUUUUCACUCUUGUCUUGAUAAAUUGGCCACAGGCAUAGCAAAAUGUGUCUGCCGGGAUGCUUGUAGCGUCUUGAUGCCAUCUCAGAAAAAUGCAGAUAUGUAUCCAACUAACAAUCGCAUUUCAAAAUAUCAAUGUCCCGGUCACAAAAGCAAAGUUUGUGGGGAACAAUAGCCAUUUUCUAUUCUUUUGAGGCUUAAACAAUUAGGAAACAACACCUACUACCCAGGAACCAAUAAAUAAAUAAUGUGUUACACGUGUUAUGUAUUUCCUGUUGAUAGUUAAAAUGAAUAUGACUUAAUGAUUGAUGUAAUGGUAGCAGUUGGAUGCAUAAGCUUUACAUCACAUGCAACAUUUUUAUGUUUGUUGGCAGUACUCUGGCAAUACAGAAAUGUGUCAUUAUUUUGUCUGCUAGCUACAGGAAAGGUCUUUAUCAGUGUGAUACAACAUUGUAUACACACCACCACAUUUACUUGUUUAUAAUACAUAUGUAAUUAUCUUAACUAUUGUAGUUCUCUUAAAAAUAUUUAGUCGUUUGAAUGCAACACUUGCAGGUUUUAUUUACACAUAGCUUAAUAGCAUAAGUAAUUCGAAACACCUUUUCUGCUCUCCAAACCACCACAAACAUAAAUAAUUAUAUAGCUGACUCACUCACCAUAACCACCCAUCCCCUUCUCCCAAAAUCUGAGAAGUUCCAUUUCUGUGUGGACAACUAAAAAUAUAUUUACUCCAGAUGAGUGUUACUAUGCAGCUACAUUUUCCACAUUAGCUCCCUUUGUUAUAGUGGUUGUAUAAUAGCAAUGCACAAUACAAGGAACAAAGUUUUGCAAACUGAUAUUAUAUCUGUGUAUUAUUCAACAAUAAAAAAAGUGUUGCACAUUUAGCCAUGUCAUUUUAAAUAUUACCACAUAUUUACAAGAUGGUUUGAAAUACAUUAUAUACAAGAGAAGAGUGUCUUUUUUUUGCCUGAUUUGUGGCAGUUGGAUUAUACAGUAUAGAGGUCCAUUAUGAGGGUUCUUGGGCUGUUUUCUUCAACAGUCCAAACCUUGAAGAAGAGAGGGUGUUCCUAACUGGCUUCAAUCCAAGGGUAUUCCCUUAAACUGAAAUGAAUUAUGUCAGGGAGUCUUCGUAAAAGAGAGUUUCCAUAGUGACCUUCAUAAUAUUGACGCUUAUGUUAGUGAUAAAAUGGAAUAUUGUCCUAAACAGCUGAACACAACACCAACUAUUUGAGGUUUAACCCUGAGGACGUGGUACUACCAGUGUCUGAAUGUGUCUGGGUGGGUCCCCCUAGACCCACUAACCUUCCUCAAAAUGUAAUACACAUGUAAAAUCAGAAAAAGUUAUUUAGCUUUGUAUCAUCAUGCAUCAUGUAUCGUAUCAAGUAAGAUCAUACAAUAAAAACUUUUCUUAACACCUUGCUCAACUAAUAUUAAUAUUAUUACUUUGUUAAUAUUUAUAUGUUCUUAUGUACUAUUUGAAAUACACAGUGUCAGGGGUAAGAAUAGUACUUAUGCAGAAUGACUCCAGUUUAAAUUCCAUGCUGGUAUAAUUAAAUCUAUAAUUUUCAAAUAAAAGAAGUGAAUUUAUAACAGGAGUGGUUCUCAUUUUCUUCCAUAUUAACUAGUGAUUUAACUGAUUUGAUUAACAUCCCAAACCAGUGGUGAACAUAGUACUUUAAACAUUUCCUAGGAAAAUGGUUCUCAACAAGGGGGUUGGGGGAAUCUGCAAACUUCCAGUGUGGCCUCAAGAUGACUAUUAUUUAAAGAAAUUAAUAAAAUUAAAAUGUAACAUCCUAAUUAAAAUGCUGAAAUUAUCUAACAUCAUGGUGUAGCCCUAUCACAUUUGAUUUUUACAGUCCCUGAAACGUCUUGAAUCACUAAAUUAACCCAUUUAAACCCACCGGUUAUAUUUAUGACCAAAAUUUAGUUUGAUAUUUGAGGGGUAUAAAAACAGUUGUUGAUGUAUUUUACGCAGAGUUGUCAAUUAUAUAUGAAAGUGCAUCGUUUCUUGAUUUCGUAUGUACAUUUUUACAUUGGUGGCACAAUUUCUCAUGUGACUAGAGCCAUUCAAUUCCACUGUGUCCCUCUGAAAGAUGAUGACUGUGUCAAAGCUACAUAAAAGUAAGCAAGUAAAACCUGUCACAAUACACUUACAACUACCAUAUUUGCUACAUAUAUAUAUAUAUAUAAAAAAAAGAUUAUUGAUUUAUUAAUAUGAUUGCUCUGGCUCAUGUAAAUCAUACUCACAGGUCAAAAAAACAUGUUGGCAGACAUAAUUGUGAACAGUGGGAAAACAGAGCCUUAUUUUUGUACAGGAAUUGAGUUUCAUUAUAAAAUUGCAGAUUUUUAAAGUUUUGUUAUAAUACAUUUUAAAAAGUAACAUUAAAAAGAAAUAUGCAAUAUUCUUGGUUUAUCAUUCCCUUUUUCCUCACAAAUGCAAGUUAGUAAAAUUCAUUACAUUAUUUUAGUUUAAUGCUUUCGAUAUCUGUAGACCGCGGUUGGAUUGUGAACAAGGAUAAAACAAACACUUUAACUUUUUUAAGACCUGUUGUUUGUAGUAAAAUACAUGUCUUCACUUACAGUAGCUGGGAAAAUGUUGGCAUUAAAUGGGUUAGUUAUGAUAAGUAGGCCUAUUUUAAUCUAUUGACACUCCCCACUGUUGUAAACGUGACUAUUCAGUACAAAGGUAAAGAUGUUUGAGCACAAACUAGCGAUUAGUAACGAAGCAGAUGCAAACUGUAGGCAACAUAUUUACUCCAGAUGAGUGUUAAUACGCAGCCACAUUAGCUCCCAUUGUUAUAGUGGUUGUAUAAUAGCAAUGCAGAAGACAAGGAACAAAGUUUUGCAAACUGAUAUUAUAUCUGUGUAUUAUUCAGCAAUAAAAAAGUGUUGCACAUUUAGCCAUGUCAUUUUAAAUAUUACCACAUAUUUACAAGAUGGUUUGAAAUACAUUAUAUACAAGAGAAGAGUGUCUUUUUUUUUGCCUAAUUUGUGGCAGUUGGAUUAUACAGUAUAGAGGUCCAUUAUGAGGGUUCUUGGGCUGUUUUCUUCAACAGUCCAAACCUUGAAGAAGAGAGGGUGUUCCUAACUGGCUUCAAUCCAAGGGUAUUCCCUUAAACUGAAAUGAAUUAUGUCAGGGAGUCUUCGUAAAAGAGAGUUUCCAUAGUGACCUUCAUAAUAUUGACACUUAUGUUAGUGAUAAAGUGGAAUAUUGUCCAAAACAGCUGAACACAACACCAACUAUUUGAGGUUUAACCCUGAGGACGUGGUACUACCAGUGUCUGAAUGUGUCUGGGUGGGUCCCCCUAGACCCACUAACCUUCCUCAAAAUGUAAUACACAUGUAAAAUCAGAAAAAAUAAUUUAGCUUUGUAUCAUCAUGCAUCAUGUAUCGUAUCAAGUAAGAUCAUACAAUAAAAACUUUUCUUAACACCCUGCUCAACUAAUAUUAAUAUUAUUACUUUGUUAAUAUUUAUAUGUUCUUAUGUACUAUUUGAAAUACACAGUGUCAGGGGUAAGAAUAGUACUUAUGCAGAAUGACUCCAGUUUAAAUUCCAUGCUGGUAUAAUUAAAUCUAUAAUUUUCAAAUAAAA